UUUAGUCUCGGAGGCACCAGAUCACUCCUCUCUCUCUCUCUCUCUCUCUCUUCUCUAACCUUUUUCACAUUCUCUUCUUCUUCUUCUCGUGAAUUCAAGAUUCUUUAAUUGAUUAGAUCGAGAAAAAUGUCUUCAGCGCCGUCUCCAGGGACAACUCCAUCACCAUCUCCGCCGUCUCCUCCCACUAACUCCACAACUCCUCCUCCUGCUUCUUCUCCUCCUCCAACUACAACUCCUCCUCCUCCUUCUUCUCCUCCUCCGUCGCCAUCUUCUAACUCAACCUCUCCUCCUCCUUCUUCUCCUUUACCUCCUUCUCCUCCUGGAUCUUCAACUCCUCCUCUUCCUCAGCCUUCUCCUCCUGCACCCGUUACUCCAUCUCCGCCUUCUCCCACCACACCAACUCCUCCUGGACCAAUCACUCGAAGCCCUCCAACUAAUCCCACGGGAUCUAAUACUCCACGAACUCCAUCUAACAACCCAUCAAACUCUUCUCCCCCGCCGCCGUCUGAUUCUUCCGGUGGUUUAUCUACAGGGGUUGUCGUUGGAAUCGCCAUUGGAGGAGUUGUUGCGCUUGUUGUAUUGACUUUGAUUUGCCUUCUUUGUAAGAAGAAACGAAGAAGAAGAUACGAUGAUGAAGCUGCUUACUAUGUUCCUCCUCCUCCACCACCUCCUGGUCCCAAAGCUGGAGGACCUUACGGUGGACAGCAGCAGUAUUGGCAACAACAGAACGCUUCACGACCUUCAGAUAAUCACGUGGUGACGUCAUUGCCACCACCUAAGCCUCCUUCUCCACCGCAACAACCUCCUCCGCCUCCACCACCGCCUGCAUUCAUGAGCAGCAGUGCAGGCUCUGACUAUUCGGAUCUUCCGGUGCUUCCUCCACCAUCUCCAGGGCUUGUGUUAGGCUUUUCCAAAAGCACUUUCACUUAUGAGGAGCUGUCAAGAGCUACUAAUGGCUUCUCUGAGGCUAAUUUGUUAGGACAAGGUGGGUUUGGAUAUGUGCAUAAAGGUAUAUUGCCAAGUGGGAAAGAAGUUGCUGUGAAACAGUUGAAAGCUGGGAGUGGUCAGGGAGAAAGAGAGUUUCAGGCUGAGGUUGAGAUCAUUAGCAGAGUUCACCAUAGGCAUUUGGUUUCUCUUAUUGGUUAUUGCAUGGCCGGUGUUCAAAGAUUGCUUGUCUAUGAGUUUGUUCCCAACAACAAUCUUGAGUUUCACCUUCAUGGGAAGGGACGACCUACGAUGGAAUGGAGUACUAGAUUGAAGAUUGCUCUUGGAUCUGCUAAAGGUCUUUCAUAUCUUCAUGAAGAUUGCAAUCCGAAAAUCAUUCACCGUGAUAUUAAGGCGGCAAAUAUACUUAUGGAUUUCAAGUUUGAAGCUAAGGUUGCUGAUUUUGGUCUUGCCAAGAUUGCUUCUGAUACAAACACUCAUGUAUCUACACGUGUGAUGGGAACCUUUGGGUAUUUGGCUCCAGAAUAUGCUGCAAGUGGAAAGCUCACAGAAAAGUCUGACGUUUUCUCAUUUGGCGUUGUACUUUUGGAGCUUAUAACCGGGAGGCGCCCUGUUGAUGCAAACAAUGUCUAUGUAGAUGACAGCUUAGUUGACUGGGCACGACCCUUGCUUAACCGUGCAUCUGAGGAAGGAGAUUUUGAAGGUUUGGCAGAUGCAAAGAUGGGUAAUGAGUAUGACAGAGAGGAGAUGGCUCGUAUGGUUGCUUGCGCUGCAGCUUGUGUACGCCAUUCAGCUCGUCGCAGACCUCGCAUGAGCCAGAUAGUACGCGCCUUAGAAGGAAACGUAUCACUCUCUGAUCUUAACGAAGGGAUGAGACCGGGUCACAGCAACGUCUACAGCUCAUACGGAGGAAGCACAGACUAUGACACGAGCCAAUACAACGACGACAUGAAGAAGUUUAGGAAAAUGGCACUUGGAACUCAAGAAUACGGCACAACUGGAGAAUACAGUAAUCCAACAAGUGACUACGGACUGUACCCAUCAGGCUCGAGCAGUGAAGGUCAAGCCACAAGAGAAAUGGAGAUGGGGAAGAUCAAAAGAACAACAGGUCAAGGUUAUAGUGGACCUUCUCUUUAAAAACCAAUAAGAGAAAGAGAACUUGCAGGUUAUUUUUUUUUGGAUUCUUUUUUCUUAUUAACUGUAAAGAUUUGAGGAAAUUGCCUUACUCUCUAAUUGAUCUAUACUACGAUAUAUGAUACAUUUAUAUUGUUUCUUUUGGUUUCUUCUUUAGAUGUUGUCAUGUUGAUUCUGGUA